GAGAAUCCUCCUCGCUGCAACACCUUAGCAACUCUUUAAAAUAACACAGAAAAAUAAAAAGGUGCCCGGAGCAACGAACAUUCCCGGUCACAUGGCGCACACCACACCCACCGCACAGCACAUCACUCCCUAAUGCCACCGGUUACACCAGGCACCAUGCUCUCACAAUCGUCAGACCUACCUGACCCAUGCACCGGCCAAACCGGUAGCCAACCGUUAAGUCCACGCCGCGGCAGUUGUCUACGUGGGCUGAUCGCCACCGUCCGACUGCAAUUUUCCCAGUCCAGUAGUCCAGUUUGGGUUACCAUGUAAUACGGUGGCCUUCGAGCCUUCCUGAGACCGUAGUUUCGUGCAGGGCAUUAAUGGCGAAAAUCCGUUAAGCUGUCAAUUCGUUCCUAAAAGUUGAACUCUCUCUCUCUCGAUCGAUCGAUCGAUCGAACAGGCUACUAGUAACGGUUUCAGUGCUCCUGUAGCGCUCUGCUUGUUCGUAAAGAAAAAGGGUUGUGAAGAUGCUUAUGCCUUUUUCUAUAAUUUUUUAGGCUUUUUGGGUGGAAGAAUUCGUUGGGUUGAAUGAUGGUCGGCUAGGGUUUUUCAGAUAUUGCAAUGAAGCCUUGAAGAUCACGCUUGUAUUUUUUUUUUCUUUGUAUAACCGUGAAUUUUCUAGUUAAUCCGAGCGUCAGUCGAUUGUAAAGGUUUUCGGGAGCUUGAUGUUCGUGAGUCAUCGAUGUCGGAAGUUGCAGGAUCGAAGUCAUGGCGAGAGGAGCUGGCGAGCCUUGUUGAGGACACUGGCGUAAGAUACGCAUACACUCCUUCAGACGCCGUACUCGGAGCCUCAACGUUCUUUGUUGAACCGAGAAGUUCGGAAUCUGGGAACGAUGAGGGUAAGUCGGGCGAAUCGGAGAGCUUAAAGGAUCAGGUGAAGGAGUUUGCGAAAGCAUGGGGUGAAAUGCUUGUGGAAGUGGGGAAAGGUUGUAGGGACAUAGUGCAGCAGAGCGUUCUGACGGAGGAUUCACUGAUCGUCCGCAAGUUAGGAGGCUCGUGGGCUAGGGUUUCUGGCAAAUUGGAAUUUCUGAACGAGUACUUGCCUGAGGAUCGCGAUCCGGCUCAUGCGUGGUCGGUGAUUAUUUUCGUUUUCGUUCUCGCGCUUGCAGUAUUGAAUGUAAAUACAAAACAUGAUGGUGUGAUCCCACCUGUAAAGAUGGUAUUCAUACAUCCUCCUAGUGCAAGCCGUGUGCAACUUCCAGAUGGCAGAUACAUGGCAUAUCAUGAGUUGGGCGUUCCAGCCGACAGGGCAAGAUUUUCUAUGAUUGCUGCACAUUCUUUUCUUUCCUCUCGACUUGCUGGUAUACCGGGCAUUAAAGUUUCCCUGCUGGAAGAGUUUGGCAUUCGCUUCAUAACAUAUGAUCUUCCAGGCUUUGGGGAGAGUGAUCCUCAUCCUAAAAGGAGUCUUAACUCAUCAGCUAUGGAUAUGUUACACUUGGCAAAUGCUGUUGGUGUCAAUGACAAGUUCUGGGUCCUGGGGUUCUCAAGUGGAGGUAUUCAUGCGUGGGCUGCACUCAAGUAUAUUCCUGAUAGAAUCACAGGUGCAGCAAUGUUUGCUCCAAUGGUUAAUCCAUAUGAUGCGGGCAUGACUAAGGAAGAGAUAUCCAGAACUUGGAGCAAGUGGAUCUCAAGAAGGAAAUUUAUGUACUUUUUGGCUCGAAGAUUUCCUAGAUUUCUCAGUUCUUUCUACCGCCGAAGCUUCCUAUCUGGAAAGCAUGGUCAAAUUGACAAGUGGUUGUCUUUAUCAUUGGGAAAAAAGGACAAUAUUCUAAUUGAUGAGCCAACGUUUGAAGAGUUUUGGCAUAGGGAUGUGGAGGAAUCCAUCCGCCAGGGAAAUGCAACACCAUUUAUUGAGGAAGCUGCACUGCAGGUGUCCAAGUGGGGUUUUAGCUUGAGGGAUCUUCAGGUGCAGAGGAAGUGCCAUGGAAAAGGUAUUCUUCCUUGGCUCAAGUCCAUGUACGGUCAGACAGAAUGUGAAUUGACAGGAUUUCAAGGCCCAAUACACAUAUGGCAGGGAAUGGAUGAUGGGGUGGUUCCACCAUCAAUGAUGGACUACGUGGGGCGGGUUCUACCAGAAGCCGUUUUGUAUAAGCUCCCAGAUGAGGGCCAUUUUUCCUAUUUCUUUUUCUGCGAUGAAUGUCACAGACAGAUAUUCACUGCACUUUUUGGAACACCGCAAGGUCCAGUUAACAGCGCCACCAUGGAAUUGGAAGUGGACCAAGUUGCUUCCAUUGAUGGAGAUACGGGAGAGAUACCAUCACUUGCUGAUUCUCUAACGGAAUGAUGAGAUGACAUGUUCCAUUCAAUAGUUUUUGUUCUCUGUGUCUUUUGGAAGUACGAUGUAAAUACUACAUACCACAGGCUUGCUCCCGUUGCUCGGUGGUGGGUUGCGCAAAGUAACAGAUCUUCAAUUGGUUGCUCUGUUGAGAAUUUUUUGGACUUCUGGGUCAGGGAUGUUUGGCGAGAGAGAUAUGAGAAGAAAAAGAAGGCAGCAAUUUUAACUGGCUACAUAGUGAAAUAAUUAUUAUAACCACUGGAAUGACUUCAUCGUGUAUCUGUUUCUUAGAAAUUUUUUGUUACCUUCAAAUAUUUUGAAGAUCUUUAUUAUUAUUAUUAUUAUCAUUAUUAAGGAAAUAUUCUGAAGAAUUAAUUCGAAAUAAUUGCGACCUCCUUCCUAUUAGGGAGCAUUUGGUUC